GAAGCAUGGCAUUUAAUUAGUUGCAAAAAGAGGAGAUUCCGAGAUCCUCAAUGCGUGGAAAGAAGCAUUAACAACGUGCGAAAUGCUAUUCCACAAACAACGCGUUAUAAAAAUCGUUGGGGAGUUCGUAUAUUUGAAGAUUGGCAAAGUGGGCGAGAAAAUAAAGCAGUCAUGUGUGAGAGCAAUCCUUUCAGCUUAGAUUUGCAGAAUUUUCAAAAUUUGGAGACAGAAUUGUGUUCAAUGACGGCAAGAACGUUAAACUUCUGGCUUAUCAAAUUUGUUCAAGAAGUUUGCGACAAGGAUGGCAAGCCAUAUCCCGGGC